GAGCUUGAUACUAUUAACUUCCACGGGUCAUUUUGACUUGCAGCAGUCACUUAAUAAACCAAGAAAGCAUCAGAAUGGUCAUGUAUUUGACUUACAGGUGGCUGUUUGCGUACUUUGCAUUGCCUGGAUUCUUACUCGGGGAUCUGGCUUUCCGAUGCCAAAGUUGUACCGCAGAGCGUCUGGCUGUGUGUCCCAGAGUCACGACGCCGUGUCCAGAGAUAGUGAGGGAGCCGGGCUGUGGCUGCUGCCCGCUGUGUGCCAGGCAGGAAGGGGAGCUUUGUGGAGUGUACACGCCGAGGUGCUCGGGCGGCCGGAGGUGUUACCCAAGCACCGAGUCCGAAUUACCAUUGCAACAGCUCAUCCACGGUUUAGGACGAUGUGGACAACAAGUGGACUCGGAUGUCACGACAAGUCUGGACCAGCAGGCUACGAAUGAGGUCCACGGGACGGAGAACCCCUUCGCCAAAAGACCCGCCCUGGAUGCUUCGGUGUGGCAGGAGUCCGCCAGAAAACAACACCUGAAUGAGCGCAAGGCCAAGAUGAAGACCAAUCAGCUGGAGGACCCUCGGACCCAGAAAGUGUUCCAGAGCGCCUGUCACCAGGAGCUGGACGGCGUCCUGGAGGAGAUCUCCAAGAUGACCUCGGAGGACAGCAGAGGCCCGCUGGAGGACCUGUACGGACUCAAGUUCCCUAACUGUGACAGACACGGUCUGUACAACCUCAAACAGUGCAACAUGUCCACCCACGGCCGGCGGGGCGAGUGCUGGUGCGUGGACCCCGUGACGGGGGUCCAGAUCCCGGCGACACCGAAAGUAAGAGGGGAUCCCAACUGUGACCAGUUCCAGGAGGAGCUCAGAGAGACGCCGACAGAACCGGCGUUGUACUAGUCCAGCGCGACCUGGGAGGAUUUGUAGAAGAGGUUGCGAUGUCGGAAGGCUUUUUUCUUUUGUUCUUCAAUAGGUUAAAGGUUUAAAUAUUGUUCCUGGAGUUGACGUCUCACAUAAAAAGACCGAACCCAACAGUGUGACCAUCUCAUCAAUGCUUAACAGACGACUUCCCCGCCUUGUCUUUGGGACUCAGAUGUGUAAAGUGAACAUUUAUAUCUUUAGACAGGUGGCAUGGAUAUAUAAUGAUAUGUUUUUGUUGUUGUUUAGUGAGAAGUCAAUUGUUUAUUUGUUGGAAAGUAUUUUUUAGCGGCGGACUUACGUUAGCUUCACUCAAACUACAGCGCUCGAUCUCGUUGUAAUAAAGAAACAUGCCAGGAAAAAGUAAUUACAUCAUGCUAUAUGGAUAUAUAAUAAUAUGUGUUGUUUCGUGGUAAUAAGUAAUGCCCUUAAAACUAGUUUUCAAAAAAGUUUCAUGAAUUUAAAUUGUUUAUUUGUUGGGAACUAUUUUUAGGGGCGGACUUGUACACAUUAGCUGAGGCGGCGGGGUGGUUUACGUUUACGUUUCUAGUCGUGUUCUGGUUUUAAGAAAGUUAUGUCCAAUAUUCACACUUGUUUUUUUAAACUUUCGCCACCAACUCCUGGGGGACAAAUAUCUGGUUCUUCAGCCGCUAAAUGCUCCACUGUGAUUGGUCGCUGUGCAGCUAGCGUGCAGUGGGAAGGUGAAGGAGUACGAGUGCGAAUUUGAUUUAUUUGUUUGUGUAAAAUAAUUCAAAAGGAUAGUCCAAUACAGCUUAAAAAUAUAUUUUUUGCUUUCAAAAGACGUGUAUAAUAUCUCUUUAACUGUUAUGAUUUUUAUGAUGACACUGUCCUGAAAUAAAUAGCCUCUUGGUUUACUCUA